AUGAACGCCUCCAUUUCUCAAUCACAACCGCAAGCUGCGAGUGCAACUAGUGUCGCUGGCUCCAGAAGGAGAAGGUCCAUCCUCGAACGUAGAUCAACGUUUGGCUCCCGAGAUGCCGAUGCUACACGACGAAUCGUGUCGAGCACAAUCGGCACACAAAUGCCUUCCGCAAAUUCGUCGGUAGAUUCGGUUAAUCCCCCUUCGCGCCCUGUUAACUCAACGUCCAACGAAGGAACCGACACACCGUCAGAGAACGGAGAUUUCCUCGUCCCGAUUAAUUUUGAUGAUUUUCAUAAUAGCAUCACGUCCAAAGAGCCGAGCUUGAGUCACUUCCCUCUGCCCGGCCAUGGCGGGAUUGGUUACGAUGGAAAAUCAGGUUCUACGAAUCCUACAAACCGCUGGACAGCCACCCCAGCGAUUCAGGGUGUCAAGGAACCCCGUCCGUCGGGUAUGGUUCGACGUCUCAGCAAUGCUAACCGCUCCGCUACUGGACCUAAACCCUCUGUAUCGUCCGUCCCUUCAACCGCACGAGCGAGACGCCAAAGUUAUGUUCCUCCUGUGCCUCCAAGCGUGGUAACUACACGUCGUCCUCGCAAGUCCAUUGGCCCAGGAAGCCUGGUAUCUGAUAAUGGCGAUAACAAUAUCCCUCCAACGAGGAGGCCAAGCUUUUCUAGAAAGAAAGUAGUGGACGAAAAUCGCAUGAGCUCUAAUACAGUUUCCCGCAACUCCCACGAUACCUCCGACUCUGCUUUCCAUUCAGCGGCGUUAAACGCAGCCCGCAGUCAAAAGGCAAGGUCAUUGCAACCGCCGAGCCACAACCGCUACGAUACGUCCACCACUCCAUCUACCACAGCUGACGAUUCUAGACAUUCCACUGGCAAUGUAAUUCGCACGCCUGUGAAGGGUGCAGUUAGCAAGACGACCACCCCGUCUUCCUCCAAAAGAGUUUCAAUGAUGCCGCCUCACGCCACCGGAUUAGGUGCCCGUACCAUUAGCCCUACGGACGCGAGACGGAUGAAAAGGAUGUCGCUUAUCCCACAUCCGCCUCCAGUACCGCGAGCGUCCCCUACUCAUCUUGAACUAGGGUUUCCACGCCCCCGGUCCUCUGUUCAAUCACCCUCAGCGAUACCAAGGAAAAGCGUGACUCCUUCAUCUACAAGGACAACUCCGGAUCCUCAGCGCAAAUCAUACGGCUCGGGUAUAUCUUUGUCGUCUAAUACGAGUUAUAACUCUGCCCGGAAUUCUAGUGGCUCCUUACAGGCGAGGCUUUCUCAAAACCUUUCAACAUCUAGGCUACCCACUCCUAAACUUCGAACGGAAAAUAAUGGGAGAAACGAGGACGAUGUACCUCCUGUUCCUGCUAUUCCUAAAGUUUACGAGUCACCAAAGAACGACCAACAGCUAUCUUUCACCCCCCGAAAAUCUAGCUUACCGCUGGAGGUUCCAAACUUUGCUGAUACGUCUCGAUUGGAUUCAGACUCCAAUUCUAGCCGCCCUGGCGAGAGUGUCCGUGUAUCGAAACAGAAUUCUGAAGAAACCCCCGUCAAAGAGCUUAAGUCCCGGCCACCGGUCAACAUUACCAAAAAGAACCUCCAACCGUUGAAGCUUCCGCCCCUUAACUUGCUACCUCUAAGCAUCCCGAUCAAUACUAAAAUCAACGCUUUACGCGAUAAAGCCUCCCAAGACAUGCCGCCGCAAUUGUGUGCAACUCCCCCGCGACAAAUUAACGCGAAGACUCCAAUCACACCUUUGACUGCCUCCAAUGCUAGCUUCUUCAAUGCUCUACCGCCUGGCGAUCAAGCCCGUAGCAAUACCUCGCAUUUCGCAUUGAGGACUGACUUUACGAAAUUCCGCGCCGAGAACAGUUCCAGUGCGUUUGACACUUUGGAAAUUUCUUCUACUAGAAAUAUUUCCCCGUACAUCUCAUGUUCCCUCCCACGGGGCAAUGAGGAACCCGGUUUUAUGCCAAACCAUAUUUCUGAUGCGUAUGCGCGGGCGAUGAACAGCAAACUUACAGGACCAAGGCCACAGACUCAGUUUUCUUCGAUUUCUAACGCAGAUUUAUUCAGUUUUGGUCUCACGCCAGACGAUGCUGAAACGGAAAUCAGCUUUCCUCCUCCUCGUUCUCCGAGGAGGAAUGAGGACCAGGUCAAUUCGAAAAUACAAACCAUAUCUAAUUCGGCCAGAGAUCCCGUCAAGUUUGAUAGUAUGCCACCACCCAGACUUCCAGCCUCCGCGACUUGGAAUCACCUUUCUGCCCCACGUGUCAGCCCAACCGCGAAGCCACCCCAGCUCCAAUCGAAGAGAAGCACUUCGAUUUCGAAUUUAGUUAGUGUACCCUCACCGCGAAGAAAUCAGAGCGUCAGCAGUGACCAAGGCCUUGGAGCGAACCCAAGUCCGUCCACUGACUCUGGAGACGUGGAAACCCCAGCCAAUCGGUCAAAUUCGUCAAUUUUAUCGCCUGUUCAUAAGCUUUUGGGUGGGUCAAAAGUUUCACCUACUGCAAGAGCUCGUCUUCAAGAUCAGAGCGGUGAUCGAGAUGACCUCGCGGCCGAAGAAGAGAUGCGAAAACUCGGUACUAAACGGAAAGACUUUGAGGUUGCUGCGCGAGAAUUGGAAACGCUUCGUCGCAGAGCAAGCCCUAAAGAGCGUGCAUCUCCCGCCCAGGCUUUAAAAGUCGCUAAUCUUAAUAUAUUUGAACGGGGUGAAAUCAUCGAUUUCAAGGACAUAUAUUUUUGUGGCACUCAUAAAGCCAAGAAACUCGUGGGUGACCUGAACGCUUCAACCGCUAAUUUUGGCUACGAUGAUGAGCGUGGCGAUUAUAAUAUUAUAAUUGGGGACCACCUUGCUUAUCGGUACGAAAUUGUCGAUGUUCUCGGGAAGGGGAGCUUUGGACAAGUUGUUAGAUGUGUGGACCACAAGACCGGUACACUUGUCGCAGUAAAGAUCAUUCGGAAUAAGAAGAGAUUCCACCAGCAGGCCCUUGUUGAAGUUAAUAUAUUACAAAAGCUGAAGGAAUGGGAUCCCCAUCGCCGUCAUAGUGUCAUCAACUUCGUUCAAAGCUUCUAUUUCCGUGGUCACCUUUGUAUAUCGACCGAGCUCCUUGGGAUGAACUUAUACGAGUUCAUCAAGGCGCAUGACUUCCGCGGGUUUUCAAUCAAAUUGAUUCGACGUUUUACGAAACAGAUCUUGAGUACUCUUAUACUCCUCCAUAACAAGAGGGUCGUGCAUUGUGAUUUGAAGCCGGAAAACAUCCUGCUGGUUAACCCCAUUCAGAGCGGGAUUAGAGUCAUCGAUUUCGGCUCUAGUUGUUUCGAGAAUGAAAAGGUGUACACUUACAUUCAGAGCCGCUUCUAUCGGUCGCCGGAAGUCAUCUUGGGGAUGUCCUAUGGGAUGCCCAUUGAUAUGUGGAGCCUCGGGUGCAUCUUGGCCGAACUUUAUACUGGCUACCCGCUGUUCCCUGGGGAGAACGAACAGGAGCAACUGGCAUGCAUUAUGGAGGUCUUUGGCCCUCCAGAAAAGCAUCUUAUUGAGAAGAGUACUCGACGAAGGCUGUUCUUUGACUCGACCGGGAAACCGCGUGAUGUAAUUUCAUCAAAAGGUCGUCGCAGAAAACCGAGCUCUAAAAGUCUCCGGCAUGUUUUGAAAUGUGAUGACGCCGCGUUCCUUGAUUUUCUCGCACGAUGCCUCAGAUGGGACCCCGCUCGCCGUGUUAACCCGCAUGACGCUAUGAACCAUGAGUUUAUCACAGGAGCCAAGUUUAAUCCGCGUGCGAGGUUGCACUUGACAGCUGCGAGCCACUCCCCUGCGAAACGACACACCUCGGGAUCUACACCGGGUGCACGCCCGCUUCCGGAACCGCCAUCGAAACCCGGAUUAGGGCGAACCCGAGAUUCAUCGAAUAACUCGCCUGUUAGACCUGGUGCCGUGAAACGCCAGAUGACCCAAAACAUAACCUCCACGGUAGCAGCAAAGCGAACGUCUAACGGGCCCCCACCCGCUGCUGGUUCGGCACUUCCAAGAGUUGUCGGAAGAAGUGUCAGUGGAAAGCCAGACCUUGCUGCUGCUGCUGCGGCAACGAGUUUGAAAACUAGAGUUUAG